UAUAUUAAAAUUAUUUUAAGCCUUUUAAUAGCUGCCACAACCAAAGAUUCUUAUUUCCGCACACAGCCAUGGCUUUGAAGCUCUCCAAACUGAUCCAAAAACCACUCUUCUUCUUCCUCCUCUGCUCCUUCACCAAAGCUAAAUCUCAGGUCAUCAAUGGCAGCCAGAAAAGCCCAGUUUCCGCCAUCUUUGCCUUCGGAGACUCGACGGUCGACGCCGGCAACAAUAACUACAUUGCAACUCCAAUGAAGAGCAAUUUUCCACCAUAUGGAAGGGAUUUCUUCACUCAUAUUCCUACUGGGAGGUUCACCAAUGGAAAACUCAUUACAGAUUUUGUGGCUUCUUAUUUAGGCAUCAAAGAGGAGCUGCCUCCUUACUUGGACUGGUCAUUAGGGUUAGAAGAGCUCAUGACUGGUGUCAGUUUUGGAUCAGCUGGAUCUGGACUUGAUCCCGACACUGCUAAAAUAACGGAUGUGAUUCCAGUCCUUGGCCAACUGGAUUAUUUUAGAAACUAUAUGGACAGGCUUGAUCAGAUGAUUGGAAUGAAGACAAGGGUAGUCAUAAAGAGAGCAGUAUUUGUUCUCAGUGCUGGCACAAAUGACUUCAUUGCUUUUUCAACAGUUCCUCUUACAAGAAAAGAAUACUCUAUAGAAGGUUAUCAGGGCUUCCUUCUUGAUAAAGUUAAGGAGUUCAUCCAGGUUUUAUCAAAUUUUGGGGCAAACAGAAUUGUGGUUGCUGGUCUUCCACCAAUGGGUUGUCUUCCCAUUGUCAUUACACUCAAAGCAAAUGAUGGAAUCCAUGAUAGAGGAUGCAUAAGCUCCCUCAAUUCCAUAGCUCUUGACUACAACCAGAAGCUUCAAGCAACACUACAAGAAUUUUCUUCUUCUUCUUCUUCAACCGAGCUUCAGAUAUUCUAUGUGGAUUCAUAUAAACCUCUUAUUGAUAUUAUAACAAGUCCAGCUUCAUAUGGAUUCAUGAUGUCAUCCGAAGGAUGUUGUGGAACCGGAUUGGUCGAAGCGGCGGUGCUCUGCAAUCCCAAGUCCCUCACGUGCAUUGACGCCUCAAAGUAUAUUUUUUGGGACUCCAUUCAUCCAACAGAGAAGGCUUACUACAUCAUGUUUAACAGUUUCAAGCCAGUGAUAGACUAUGUACUAAAGAGCUACUAGUAUGUUUAUUUCAUUGUUUCACUUGUAACAUUUCAUAAUUUCAAUACUAAAUACCCAAGAGCUUACUUAUAUUUCCAAAUUGCAAGCAAAAGUGUUUUUUCUGAGACAAUAAACAAAGUUCAAAAAGAGGUAAUGUGUAUAAUGGUUGCAAUUUA